AUGUCUCAACCAUCUCCACACUCAUCAUCUGCCAAUCUUUUUCCUUCCUCUUCAUCAAUGAACAUCUCAUCAUCAAACAAUAAUAAUUUAACAUCUCUCUCAAGUACCAGUAGCAUUCAUUACAAUCUAAUUUCCGGAAAACACUCCAUUAAAACACUAUGUAAAUAUCACUUUGACUUGUAUUGUAUUAGGAGGUGUAUGCUAGGGGACAAUACCAUUCCAUAUCACAGAUUAAAAUCUGAUGAUUUAAUGCUCAUAGAAAAUAUGAGCGUUCACUCACUGAGUAGUGAAAUUCUAAGUGAAAAAUAUGAAAAAAUCAACAAGAAACAAGAAGACACACAACUCAGUGAUUCCUCUUCUCAAAAUCAGCAGAUGCAUUACCAUGAAUUUGGAGAGAAAUUGGAUUGUGAUGAAAAUAUUACAGAUAAUCAUCAAAAUGAUAGGUUGAAAGAUUCAAAUCCAUCCAUCAUGAUUAAACUGAAUGAUUUGGAAAUUGGAUCCUCUCCAAUUUUGUUAACUUUAGAAGCUCCACAUUUGGGAAAUAAUUUAUAUACAGAUUUUGAACAUGUUAAAUUAUCAAUGGAACAACGUGUAUUGGCCUGCAUUGAGUAUGGGUAUUUGGAUGAAUUGGUUCGAUUACUGGAUUCAAUUAAAAACAAUACUUAUCCAAUUUCACCUAGAGUGGCUAGUGGUGGCUCUUCGUCACCAUCUGGUGGUAAUUCUACCAGUAGCAAUUCAACAUCCCUAUUUGUUCCGUCAAAUACUUCAUUUUCUAGUGGUGGAGGAGGUGGCAUACUAUUUGAUAUUAAUCAAAUAUUUAGAGACAAGACAAAGAAUGAUAGAUCACUAUUACAUAUUGCUUCAAGAUUUGGUCAUACUCAUAUUAUUGAAUAUUUAAUUGACAAGUAUGGAGCUAAUCCUAAUAUUGUUGACAAAUCGGAUAGUACUCCAAUUUUCUUAGCAAGUGCUCAUGGACACACUGAUGCCUGUCAUGUUCUGGCAUCAAAAGGAGCUCAAGUUAAUAUUCGUGAUGCUUAUGAAAAUUUUCCAUUAGGUAUAGCCUUGUCGGGAGGGUUUUUUGAAACAGCAGAUGCUCUUAUUCUGUUUGGAGCUGAUGUCAAUUUUAAGGGAAAGAGAGGAAAUACCAUUUUACACGAUGCAUGUGAAUCGAACGAUUGGCCUCGAGUUCAAUUCAUUCUUAAACAGCCAAAUAUUAACAUUGCAACAAAGAACCGAUUCGAGGAAAAUUGUCUAUUCUGCUCACUUCCAUUCCCUUCAUUGUUGUUCAAAUUGUGUGAUUGGUUCUGUAAAAAUUAUGCAUUGGAUGAGUUUCAGAGAUGGAUUCGAUCUGAUGAUCAACUAGGCAAAACUCUCCUUCAUAUAUGUGCUCAACAGGGUUAUUUCAUUUCGUUUUGCAUUUUAAUUCAAUUCAUACCAUUAGAUAGAAUUCAGGCCUUUUUAAAUUUCAAAGAUAGAGUUAAGGGAAAUACUGUUCUUCACUAUACAGUCAACUUGGUUGGUAAUUCCAUCUCCAAUGUUGUCAACUCAAAUAUUAUUACACCAAAUAGUGGAAGUGAACCAAUUGAUUCUGCAACUAUUAUUUCAACGCCAACUGUCAAUAAUAAUUUCUCCUUCCAAAACAGUAAUGAAAAUGAUUCAACAGGCAGUGCAGAUAAUAACAGCAAUAGUAGCAGUGAUUCUCCAUCGUAUUAUGGAGAUAAUAGCAGUAAUAUUACUAAUACACCAGUACACAUUCCAUUCUCUGCUUCAAAAUGCUACCUGUACAAUCAUGAUAUUCCCAAUGAGGCAUUCUUUUGGGUUUUGAUAUCAAGUAAUGAAAUGUCUAUUGAUGAACAAAAUAAUGAUGGUGAUACGGGGCUUCAUCUCUCAUUGAAAUUGAAUAAUCCAUCAACUUCCAAUCUCUUGAUUACUAUUGGAGGUGCCAAUGUAAAAAUUCAAAACAAGCAACACAAAUCAUGCAAGAAAGUUGCAAAAGAAAUGGGAAUUAUCAUUAAUGAUGAUACCAAGGAUUCUAAUCGAUUUGCUGGACUAUUCAAGAAGAUUACAAAAAAUAGAGGAGAAAGCGGUCAAAGUAGUGGAUCUGCCACUCCACACAGACAGACUUCAUCUAUGGAUGAUUUCAGUGCUGUUCUAAAUGGUUCAACAGCUGGUUCCUCAGCAAGUAAUAACCUGAAUGGAGGAAGUAAUGUUGUGAGUGGAACAAUACCAACCUCAACACAAUCUCAACACUUGGUAACCAUUAAUAAUCUUACAGUGUUGCCUAGAGAACAAUUGAUUGCUUGGACUAAUCAGUUGGGUUAUAAUUUAGGUGUUAUUGAUACUUGCUACAUGAAAUUAUUCGAUACAAUUAAUAACUUGACCAAAUCAAUUUUCAGAAUGGCAAAAGCCAACAAGAAUGUGUCUCUAGUGGAGUGGAAUAUUGGGAUUUAUAUUUUGGAAGAUGCCAUUGAAUCAUUACAAGAAUCCUUUGAAGCAGAAAGACGACUCUUUAUUGAAUGCUUACUUAAAAACGACUUGUUGGAAGAACAUUUCAAGGAGCAUGAAAAAUUCAUUGAAAUUAUUUAUGAAUUGCAUGAUGAAUUCAAACAACAUGGUUCUGAAUUUAUUCUAGAAGAAUUUCUUUUAUACCUCCUAGCUCACAUCAAUGAACACUACCUUACAACAGAUAGAACUUUAGCAAUGCAUGUCAAGGCUUUCAGAAUUGCUCCAUUGCCAGAAGAAAACGAAUUAAUGUUAGAAAGUUUUUCAAUAGGACAAAAAUUAAUGGCAAAAAAGAAAAAAUCAAGUAGCUUGAAAAAGAGACGAUCCAUAGAAGAUAUAUUUUCUAUGGAUCCAUUUCAAAUAAUUCAACAACAAGGAAUAAGAGAUGGACCUAGUGAGGAUAUGAUGUAUUUUGAACAUCCAAUUUUAGGAAUGGCUCCCGAAAUGCUAAAACAAGCUUUUGUCUAUGAACAAGAACAUCAAAACCAUGACUCGGUUGCUAUUAAUUGGCAUGAGGAAAACGAUCAUUUUGAAUUAGUUGUAACUUGUCCAGGUUUAUCAAAAAAGAGAGCUCAAGUUUCAAUAGAUGAAAAUUGCCUGGUUGUAAAGGGUAAACUCAAACCUUUGAGUGGCAUGAUGGAGUCUGUGACAUUUCACAGACGAGUUCCAUUACCAGAAGGUGCUAAAAUUGAGGCUAAACCUCACAUAACAGAUCUCAAUGUAGAACGUUCUGAAUAUGAUGGAGCAGAAGGUAUUUGUAUCAUGAUUAGAAAACAAGAAAGUGAAUCCACUAAUGACCAAGAAAAUUUCGAAUCAUCCUUUGGUGAGGAUCAGGAAUUCACUGAAGAAACAACUAGAAACAGUUCAGGUUUGAAAAAAUCGAAAAAGAAAAAAGGAAGAGAGGAAGUUAAAUCCCAACUGUUGAAAAAGGGAAACAAUUCUUCAUCAUCGAAACAACAUAACAAAGAUAAGAAGAAAAAAUCAUCAACACAAAUUAAACAACAAGAAAAACCACAUAAAUUGGAACCUAAAACAAAAAAGAAAAAGCAUACUUCGGAGGAAAAGAAUGAAAGGGAUGAACAAAUAACAUCAUCUUUUGUACUUGAAAAAGAUAUCGACUUAGUUGCUACUGAGGAUGUAAACGACUCGGAAAAGAGAUUAGGAAAGAAGGAAUUGCAUAAACUUGCUACUGUUAAAAGAAUUAUUGACACAAUUUAUGGCAGUGAUGAUACACAAUUAGUAAUUUUUAUUUUCAACUAUUUAAAAUAUUGUGGAAAAGAAGAGAAGGGAAUUGUCUCAUGUUCUAUGAAAGAAAUGACAACAAAACUUAAACAAAUUCUACCUAGAUUACAUUAUUUAUUAAGCAAAACAUUUGUUGAGCAACAUUCCAAAGAGCUCAAUAUUACUGAAAUUCAAGAUGACACCAUUGUUUGCAAAAAAAUCGCACCAUUCUUUUCCAAAAAGGAUAAUACAAGCCAAGAGUUUAAGGAUCGAUUGUUUGGACAGAUUUGCUCUUCAUUUGUGGGAAUUUUCAAUGUAAAUAGUGGUGAUGCAUGUUUUAAUAUUGGCAAUGUCUACUCUAAUACUAAUUAUUUUGGUCUCGACCGUUCUAAAUUUGUGGAAUAUAUUUCUGGUUUGUUGGAUAAUAAUGAAUUAUAUUUGAAAAAGAAAACAAAGAAUGGAUUCUCAGUUUGGAAUACAGACAUUAAACAAAAAUUAUCAGCAAUUCCAGAAAAGAAACAUCUGGUUGGAACAUCUCUAACUCAUUUGGACUAUUCUGACAAGCUGAUAAUUGUCUCUAGAUUGAGCAAAUUGGAAAAGAGAAUUUGGAACUCAUUCAUGGAUACAGCAGAUCAAUCUUCAAUUUUUGUUGUUGAUACAGAAUGGAAUUUCAAUGAUGAAAAUGAUCACGGUAUCAGACUCUUACAAAUAUCGACAUUGGAUCCCAUUCCUAAAUUCCUUCUCGAUUUCUUUCGAAGUCCAAAAAUUUUGAAAAUUGGUUAUUCAUUGAGUGGUGACAUUAAAAAGGUCAAUAAUUGGUUGCAACAUCACAAGCAUGAACAAUUAGUUGAUUCAAACCUGCAAACCGACCUGAAUGUGAACGAACAUGGAUGGGUUGAAGGUGAUCCUCUAGUAUUAGGUCUACAAAAACUAUUCUCCUUCUGUGCACCAAAGAUUUAUCACAAAUUUGAAAAUAAUUUAAAGUACAAUGAUUUGAUUUGGAAUCCAAAAGAUAUGAGGCCCUCAACAUCCAAAGGAAACAUAAGAAUUGAAUAUGCUGCCCUUGAUGUACUGGCAGGUUAUUACUUUUUCAAACAUAUCUCAAAUCCAGCAAGUAAUCUUUUCAGAAUCAAGAUGCAAAUUCCAAACUUUGAACAACAAAUUGAGGAGAGAUCUAAACGAGUGAAGGAAAAUCUGAUGGAAUUUUUCGAUUCAGGUCAUCAUCACUAUGAGGAUCACAUUUCCAACAAGCGGAGAUCACACAAGAAGAAGUUGAUUCUUGAAGAACAAGACUUAUCGGAGGCAAGAAAGGACUUUUUAAAACAUGAUAAAUAUCAGAAAAUUAUAGAUUCAUCAAUUCAUAAUGUGGAAGAGUUUAUCAAUAGAAAGGCAAGUGCUGAAGAAAAUACCCACACUGAAGAGUUAAUUAUUGAAGAGUUACAGGAUAUUGCAGAAAGAUUUGAUAAAGGCUUGAGUAAAUGUAUUUCACCUGUAAUCAUUUUGAAAACAACAACAAACAAAUUAAUGGAAUCAUUUUUCAUUAGAGAUUCAUAUGUGGAAUAUGAUGACGAAUAUGAUGAAUACGAGGACUAUGAAGAUUAUGAGGAAGAAGCUCCAAAAAAAGGACAAAAAUUGGACGGAUUUCAUGUUUGCAUUUUCAGAUCAGAGACAAUGUUUCCAACCUUAAAAGCUCUAUUGACACUAAUUGCACAAAAGUAUACAAACAAAGUAUUUGGAUUACCCGACGCCCUUAAAGAAAUGACAUAUUCUUCACCUGGUGGAAAGAAGGCAAUCGUAUUUGUUUUCGAGAAUACUCACAAUGUACCUCAAAUUGGAAAAUGGUUAGAGUUGUGUUCAUCAUAUUCUUCAAGAUUUCCAAUCAUUAAUAUCUUGAGAGUGGAUGAGAAGGGAGUUGAUAUUUUGGAAGGGAUGAAUGUUGAUUUGAGCAGAUUUCAAAUCAAAACGUUCAAAACUCAAUCAUUAGCAAAGCCACUAUUUUUGAAAUGUACCAAUGAUCUCUUUAUUCAGAAAAAUUUCAAUGUUAAUUUAAGACCUAGCUAUGAAGUUUUGAAAUUUUUAAUGAACGAUUUUACAUCCCUCAAACAUUUUUCCAACUCUCUCAAGCAUUUGUAUACUAGACAUUUCCACUAUUGCCCACUCUCUAUUUUUACUAGAGCUUUUUUCACAUUACCAGACGAAAAAUGUUUACAAAUUCUCUUUUCUAAAGAGUUAUUGCCACUAUUGAAAUCAUUACCUUCUGUAAAAUCGAAAUUUGGAAACAAUGUUACUGAAGAAGAUAUAAGUCCCUGUAUAACUCAAUUCAGAUUUUUCUUUUACAUUCAUCCUCUCAUUGUUGAAUUGAUCGAAAUAGCCCUGCGUUGCUUGGUUUUUAAAGAGCAAAAUGUUAAACAAACCUUGGAAAUAAUUGGUGAAGAGAAGAAUGACGAUCUUGUCCUAAUUAUCCAUCAGUCCAUUAUUUCUCCAAGAAGUUUCAAAGAGCAAUCUUGGUUCAAGAAGAUUAUUACAGCACUAAAAGGUGAUAUACCAAAGGAAAACAUUGUUGACUUUUUAGCUUGUUGGCAAGUCAAAAUUGAUGAAAUAAGAAGCAACCAAGGUCUAUUUGAAGAGGAAUAUAAUACAUUAUCUUCCAUUUUCAAAGAUGUAACUAUUCAAACAAGCGAUACCACUGCUGAACAAUUAAUCAGCAGUGGUGAUAGUAGUAGUUUACCGCUAGAAACAAUGAAUUAUCUUACAAAGCAAUUCCAAUCCAAUUCUGAAUCAGCUAAGUACAUGUCUGACGAUGAGGAAGAAUUUGAUCCAAAACAACUCAUUCCCAAAUCUAAGACUAGUUGUUUUUGUCAACUCGAGCUCAAGCCAAGAGAUAAGGUUGAGUGUAAUCUUUGCAAUAAUGUAUUCCACAAAUCAUGCGUUGGAGUUCACAACCCACCUUCCAAAACCUUCCACUGUAAUACUUGUGUUAGAACUGAACAACAAGAUACAAAUUAUUGUUUCUGUAGAGGUAUAUAUGAUAGCUCAAGAGAUGAUAUGAUACAGUGUGAGAGUUGUGAGAUUUGGUAUCACUGCAAAUGUGUAGGGGAAAAGGCCACUGAUUACAGUGAAAAACGAGCAUUUAAUUGUAAAUAUUGUAAAGCUUUGAAAGAGCACCAAUCCGGUAAAUCAGUCUCUAAAAGAAAGAAGAAUACUUUUUGUAAAUGUGGAGGAUCUUGGAAAACCAAUGAAAUGGUUAUGUGUGAAAGAUGCAGAAAUCACUAUCACUUUUCAUGUAUUGACAUUACACCAGAGGAAGUCAACACCAUUAUCAAGUAUUAUUGUGAGGGAUGUUGCUCUACAUACAAAGAUGAAACGAUUUUCAAAGGUAGAAAGCAAAAGAGAAAGUCAAUUCUCUCCUCUCAGAUCGAUACAGCAGAAACAUCAGAACAAAUCUCUCAAGAAACAUGGAAGAAGUCCUUCUACGAUAUAUCAAACCGAAUUCAUUUCCAUCAAUACGAAAGAAUAUUCGAAAAGGCCAUGGAUCGAAAAGUUGGUGCUCAAUGA